AGCUUCGCGGCUCACCAAACCAGGUUCAUUCACAUGCAAAGUCACACAGUUCAACUGACCGGGGCGACGCACAGCUCAGUUUGUCCGAGUCCGAGAUACUGAAUUGUCCCAUAUGUCAUUUUUCAAAACUUGAUAAGGCGUAUUGCGUUUCUGAUAGCGGUGCUAAAACUUAUUGUUUUACCAAUAAACAUGCAGUGCAGCAGGCUAAUUUUCCGACUUGGUUCGAAACCAUGGACCACCAUCAGCAACCGGUCCAUCGCAUGUUUGGCAGCCCUUCCGGAAACUCACCAGAUGCUCCAGAAAACCUGUCGGGACUUUGCGGACGCUGAGCUCAUACCAAUCGCUGCCAAAGUCGAUCGGGAGCAAUUCUACCCCGCAGAACAAGUUGCAAUGGCUGGAGACUUGGGACUGAUGUCCAUUGUCCUCGACGAAAAGUACGGAGGAACCGGCUUGGACUAUCAGGCGUACGCCAUCGCAAUGGAGGAGAUCUCGCGAGGUUCCCCAGUUAUCGGCGGGGCCAUGUCCAUUCACAACUCGCUCUACCUGGGACUGUUGGAGAAGUACGGUACGGAAGAGCAGAAACAGAGGUUCAUUCCAGGCUAUACGGAUGGACGGAAAAUUGGGUGCUUUGCCCUGUCUGAACCGGGGAACGGAUCGGAUGCGGGAGCUGCCUCGACCACCGCCACGUUGAAAGGUGAUCGAUGGGUUCUAAAUGGAACGAAGUGCUGGAUAUCCGGAGGGUAUGAAGCAGGAAACGCCAUAGUCUUCGCCACGACCGAUAAGAGCUUGAAGCACAAAGGCAUUUCGACAUUCAUAGUACCGAUGGACUCCAAAGGGAUCAGCCGAGGUAAAAAGGAGGACAAAAUGGGACUUCGAGGUUCCUCGACGUGUCAGCUGAUCUUCGAAGACUGCGAAAUCCCUAAAGACAACCUCCUGGGACAACCGGGAUACGGAUUCAAGAUUGCCAUGCAGGGUUUGGACACCGGUCGCAUUGGAAUAGCCGGACAAGCCUUAGGCAUUGCUCAAGCAUCCUUGGAGUGCGCAGUAGACUACGCAAACAAACGGGUAGCGUUCGGUAAGCCCAUUUCCAAGCUACAAGCCAUUCAGAUGAAGAUCGCCGAUAUGUCGCUGAGAGUGGAAUCUGCACGGCUGCUAACGUGGCGAGCGGCUUGGCUCAAAGACAACAAGAAGCCUUUCACGAAGGAAGCUGCGCAGGCUAAGCUGGCCGCAUCGGAGACGGCUACCUUCUGUGCUCACCAGUGUAUUCAGGUUCUGGGAGGAAUGGGGUACGUAUCGGAUAUGCCCGCCGAGCGGUAUUACCGCGAUGCAAGGAUUACGGAGAUCUACGAGGGCACGUCUGAGAUACAACGGCUGGUCAUCGCUGGACAGGUGAUAAAGGAGCUGUCGAGCUAAUUCAAUGAUGCCAAUAUGUACUGAAUUGUUUUGUUGAUUGUUUAAAUUUUAAUAAACCCCUAAAAAAUCAUUU